GUUUUCCUCAGUCUUGACUGGCUAAUAUAAUGGGUUAUAUAUAUGUAUUUUAGUGACAUUUUAUUAUUUAAUCAAGAGUGUUUUAAGCAAGAUCAUUUCCUCAGAGCAUGAAAAGUGUAUCUUCUUUGCACACACAAUUGAUAUACAUGCAUAUAUCAUAUAGAUAACACGAUAGUGUAUUGAUAUAGCUUAAAGGAGAUUUUGUAAUUUGUGAAACUUAAACCAUUGAACACUACAGAUGAUGUAUUGCGGGACUGUAGCAUCAAUGAUGCUGUUUAUCCUAGUGUUUGAACAAGUUUUGGCAAAAAAGGAUUAUAAAUUCUAUAAUAUCUCUCAUGGACCUAUGAAACACGAGACAGGAAGAUACAUAUAUCAACCACAGUUUGGGGACCCAAAGUACUGUAGGUACUGCCCAUUAGAGGCUGUGCUAAAUAGUGAAUAUGAUGAUGCCCAGCAACCAAAGUGUCUAAAGAAAUACCAAGGAAAAAACAUUGCUGAAGAGAUUUUACCCCAGGAGAAAGCUAGUUUAAAUUAUCCAUUGUGUGACGAAGGAGAUGUUCCUGGGUGUGGACCACCACCAGAAAUAAACAAGACAAAAAACCAUGAGUGGGUUUGCGAUCCAGGUUACAGUUUUGUUAAUUACUCAGUGUAUUUUAAGUGUGCACUUGUUUGUAAUAUUACUGAGAGGUUGGACUGGCAGUAUUACUGCAAUGAGUCGCUCCAGUGGGAAGUACAGCCAGCAUCUGUGUGGCAAAAAUGUGAAGCCCCUGUAAUUGAACCUGAAAUCAUUGAACCUGAAAGUACUGAUAAGCUUGUCAUCAUGGUAGUAGCUUUAAGUGGUGGAUUGGUUGUAAUAAUUGCAAUAGCUGUAUUUUUUUCCUGCCUAUAUUAUGAAAAAAUUAAAAGAGCCAGAUCUAGGGAAAAUAUGGCGAUGACGGAAAUGGUAGAAAUGAAUGGAGUGAUAGUCGGGUUAAAUAAUGCAAGACUUGAUAUCAAUGAAGGGAAUGAAGAGACAGCUGAUCCUUUUACACCAGAAAGUGAUUUGGAAGGUGGCAGUCAGUCAGGUAAUAGAUCUCCUAGUAGAGCUGAAAGUUUAUCUGGUUCUACAAGAAGCUCAGACACUGAAGAUGAUGAGGGCAGUACAGAUGAUGAAAACACCAAAUUAAUAAUGCCACAUCCUUCAGUCAAACCUACUGUGAGCAUUAUACAAUUUGAGGGUGGAGAAAGAAAGAAGAGCAUACCUUGGCAAGGAGACAUAUACUCAAUAGAACGAGGAUCAGAUUUUCAAAUUAUACCAAACUCUACUGGAGGUUAUGAAGUUACAAAGUUUAGGAUAGAAAGAAAAGGGAAUAGUGCUAUUGGAUGGGAGGAAUAUAUCCACAUGUACAAUGUAAAAAAUGCCUCUGAUAUGGAUGCAGGACUUUACAUGUGGUAUAUUACGCUUAGCAACAAGAUUGAAUAUUGUGGAAGCUUUGAAAUUAGCAUAGCUUUGCCAGCAAUUCGACCUAAUACAAUAGGGAAGGAGGCUAGCAACAAGGAUACCAGUAGUUUGAAAACAGUAAAUCCAGUUUAUAAUCAACCCCAGCAACCAUCGAGUACUUCUCACUUGAAGUUUGACUCUAUCCUCAACAAUCCUAAUGACCAGGAUGUUAUAGAGGAUAAUGAAUUGUUGCCACAAGGAAAUUUAGUAAGAGGAGAAGUUGUAAAAGAAACAAGAGGUGAUGCUGACCCUUUCAGACAUGCAGCUGAUUUGAGCUCUGAAAUGUUCAGAGAUCAGUCACACCGUAACACAAUAGAUUCUGGCGUACAAUCUUCUAAUGGGCAUCGCAGUAGUAGAUCAAGUAAUAUAGCAUCUGAUAGGGCCGUUAGUCAACGCAACAACUCAAAUGAAAAUACUAGAGAUGGUGAUUUAAGGUACAGCACCAGUGGUUAUCAGACGCAGACUAGCGCCAGUUUGGCUAGAGAACAAUUUAGAGCUAUUUUUGAUGAUGCUCCUCAAUUAAGUAUUGGAUCAUUAAAUAAAAAGUCAAGAGAACUAUCAACAGGUCUUGAUAUACAGGCUUUGCAGAAAAGAGGAUAUCUGAAUCCUUCUGAAGAUAGAAAUGAAGAUACUGGAGCCAGGGGAGGUGAAUAUACUAGUACCAGGGCAGGUGAAUAUACACGUGCCAGGGCAAAUCAAGAUACUGGUGCCAUGGCAGAUGAAUAUGCUGGAGCCAGGGCAGGUGAAUAUACACGUGUCAGGGCAGAUGAAGAUACUGGUGCCAGGGCACGUGAAUAUACUGGUGCCAGGGCAGAUCAACAUAAUGGUGCCAUGAUAAGACCUGAUCCAGCAGGAAGUGUUUCAGCUAUGAACCACAGUGAAGGAAGUGGUUCUAUACAGGAGACUUUUAGAAAACAGUUAUAUGUACCCGAUACAGGUACUCAGCAGGAGGCUAUUGUGGACCAUCAUCAUGACACUGCUGCUGAUGAUGAUGAUAUUGGUGAUGCUAUUGCUGAUGAUAUUGCUCUUGAUAAUGGUGAUGAUGAUGUGGACAGUAUAUCAGAAAGGCUCAAUAGCGUUGCAUUACAAAAUGAUAUUCUUGAAGGUGGCCGUGUGUAUGAAGUUGAAGGAGAUUUAGAUCAUACAUAUCCAGAGGGAGAAAUCCAACACUUACCUUAUAGACAUGAUAGCGUUCUAGAAAAUGAUCUGGAACAUCACAUUGAUGACCAUUCUGAUAGUUAACAUGGAACUAAAAAGUAGUGAAUAACUUUGUGUUUUCUUGAUGAGAAUAUACCAGUUCAUCACGACUAUAUGGUGUAAUACCUUAUUAACAAAGUUUUGGAAAUGUGGAUGAUAUGAUAUCAUGAGUUUUCAUCUGUGUGAGGCACUUGAUAUUCGUGAUGAAUUGCCGAGGCUGGGAUUCGAACUCAUUUACAGGCAGUAGUAGUAUCCUCCUAGACUACUGAGCCAAAGAUUCCAUUCCCUGACGCAAUUGUAAGAGUCUGUACUUGUCCGGAAUUGAAAACGUUCAUAUUAAAUAGAGGAUAUUGAAUGAGUGUAAGUUCAAUACUGAAUUUAUUACACGAGUUGAAUAAAAUUUAUAUUAUGCGAGCCUCUGGUGAGCAUAAUAUUAUUUUAUUCAACGAGUGCAAUAAAUUCAGUAAUGAACUUACAUGAAUUUAAUAUUCUAUUUUAUCACAUACCCAAAAUAAAGACCGUUUUAAAGUGAAAUAAGAGUAAUUUUUCUGUGACGAGUCUAUAGUAUAACACUAACAUUUAGCGCGUCUUUACACUAUGUUUUUAUAACGCUAAUGACGUGACGUCAGAAUAUAUAUGCACGGCCGUGCAAUACCAUAUUUACGGAGUCGCAUGGGUGUGUGAUAAAGCGUGUUAUAUAACAUGACGUUCUGCGCUAACAUUUACGUCAUCUCCGACAUUAUAUUGUUUUUUGUUAUUUAUUUUUAAUAUAAUUAAACACCAUCAUGAGAAAUAGACCCUUAACGUCAUUUUGCAAAUGACGUUAAAAGACAUUAACAUUGUCAUAGACGUUAAAAAUAAAAGAAAACUACCCUUCAAAUAUUUAAGAUAAAUAUUGAUAGUUAACAAUAAGCAAAUUUCAAUAAAAAAUUUUCUAUUUAUUUCAAGAGCUAUAGAAUAGAACUUCUCUAAGACUUGAAUAUGUCGAUUAAAAAAGUAUGUGACGUCAAGGACUGUUUUAGGUUCCUACAGUACUAGUAUUUAUGAAUGUAUAUAGGUGUGUGUGUGUGCACACAACUGUAACAGGAGACAUGAUUCUUCUGAAAUACUGUUGGGAAAAGGCGUAAAAUGAAACAAACAAACAAAAAAAUCUUGACGGCAGAAUUUCAAGUCAUUCAUGUUACUUGAAGCAAUAGGCUUCAUGUUUUAAUGAAUUAUGUCAAUGAUAUUACUGUAACUAUAUAGGAAUCAGAUCAAUAUAGGAAUCUGUGGUUUUAUUUCUCGGAGCUGAGCUCUGUUUGUUUUCCUUUUAUUUGUUGAUCUGAUAUAUACAUUGUAUAUACUUUACUUUGAUGUAAAUGAAGUUUUAAAUUGGUCACAUAAUUAUAAUGUAUUUAAACUCUGCUGUUUUGGCUAUGACCUUAAAUUAUUUUGUUAUGAUUUUUGUUCAUGAUUAAUUCUGAAUACAUGUAUUUAUAAAAUGAAAAUUUCAUGUGAUUUAAUUCAUUGAUUAAUUUUAAUUAAGUGUACGUUUGCACCUAUGUGAUCAAAUAACAAAGAUAUAGCUUAUUAAGUAUCUUAGAAAAUUACAAAAUAUAUACACUUAUAAACAUAGAUUUAAAAGAACAACAUAUAAUAUGGCAAUCUCUUUUUAUCUGAAUUUGAUUGUAAAUUCAAAAUACAAUGUAUCAGUAGUAUUUUGGUUUGAUUUUAUCACUACAUACUUGCUAAUGUUUUAAAAAUCAUAGUUUAAUGUUUAACAAUACAGUUUGUGAAACUUCUCACCUUAUAUCAUUAUCAUAACAUUUACAUUAAGAAUUUUAACUGAACAACUUGUUGAAUUUUUUUGAUCACAUGGUCUUUAUGUUUAAUGAUAAAAAGUUUAAUUUGUUAGUAAAAAGCCCUAUUAUGCCUCAGAAAUGCUUUCAUCUUUUAACUUUUUUCUCAGAAGCUAUUUAAUUUUUGGUGUCCUGUUAUAUAGUUUUAAAACAGUUACUCAUUACUUGUUUUUUGGCAACUCAGUACAGUAGUGAUUUUCUAUGGAAGUCAAAAUACUACUUUGUUUUAAUUUUGCUACUUUUAUGUCAAAUUAUUUUAAAUUAAGUGCUAUUAUCUUCAUUUGACAAGCACCUAACAUGCUCAUAAACCAUUAUUUAUACAUAAUAAAACUCAUGUUUGUCUGUUAUAAAGAAAAGAAAAAUGUGUGAAUUUCUUAUGCAUAAUGUGCCUUAAAAUGAAUUAUUUCUCAUAUUUUCUUAUAAAUUAUUGUACAUUUUAUUUUCAUAUACAUGUACAUGUAAGAUUUUUAACAUUCAUUAAAUGUCAUUAUAUACAUUACAAACAUACUAAAUUUGUUACAUAAAAUUUUUUCAAAAGUUUUA